AUGCAGACAGAAUUGUGGCAACAGGCCGACUUAACCAGCCGGCUGACCGAGCAAGUGAGUUGCUAUCAAAAACAACUGAACUCAACGACGGAAGCGCCACAACCACUCAAAUCAGUGCAACGGAGCAACGAUCAAAUUAAGGAAAUCACUAUGGCAAAGGAUUCGCUCUUGUGUGCAGCCGAACCGAAACGGUGCAGCGUUCUACCCACAGGUAAACUAAAUCGGGAGUUUUACGCCAACUCUGAAAACAAAGCGCCACCAAGCGAUUCUGCCCCGGUUGCGGUACCGAUAAGCGCGAUGCCGCACUCUAAAUUGUCGUCUGAUCUCGAAAAGCAGAAUGCAAGCGAACACACCAAAACCAAACAGUCCGAACUCCCAUCGGAAUGCGAGACCUCCUAA